UUUUGCAAUAAAAAGGGUGUCCAUCUCUAUCAGGACAUUCAAAUAUGUCUAAAAUCUACAUAGUCAUACUGACGGUGACUGUUCUACUGCCAGUAGUUUGCAAUGCUGGCGAGUGUACGGAUGGUACAGCGACUGGCAAUAAUGCCACUGAGUUUCUCAAGUUUAUAAACGGAUAUAGAGAGAAACUGCGCGAAGGAAACCAGACUAAUGGGCAAAACCAAACUCUUUUGCCGGCAGGCAAUAUCCAAGACGUGGAGUGGGAUUGCACUUUGGAGGAAGAGUUGCAAAAAGAUUUGGAAGGCUGGACUUGUGGCCAAAUGAAAGAUAAGUACGAACCUUCAGCUAGUAUAAGAGAUGCUCAUGCAACUGAGUGGAACUCUGACUAUUACGAUUAUAACGACGGUUCUCACGAUUGCGAAUUCCAAGGGUGGAAGGACUUCUUGUUUGAAACUAUGAAGACGAUCGAUGAUAUUACCAAACAAGCCUUUCUCAUUGAUGGCGAACAGGUCAAACUACACGAUGACUCGUUUAGUACCGUACAUAAAUAUGCAGAAUGGAUGCGAUCAGCUGUCACGAAAGUAGCCUGUGCCGUGAAAAAGUGUUCAAAAGCUGAUACAGGAUCAGCCCCUGAAUAUGCGCUUGUAUGCGCCACAAAUCAACCACCAUUUAAAGAAGGUGAAGAUAAUGUGAUCUACGACGUCGCCCCCUCUACAACAAGUACAACAACGACUAUUGCCACAACUACUACUACUCCCGUUGCACCCACUACUACUGCACCCACCACCCUAGCACCCACUACCAUUGCACCUGCAACUGCUGCUACCACUAAACUUGCGACCACGGCAGCUAAAGAAUCCACGGGAACUCCGUGCCCCACGUAUUCCACCACACCGUGUCCGACAUAUUCCACUACACCGUGCCCCACGUACACCACUCCAUGCCCGACCUAUCCGCCAGCGAGAUUAAAAAGGGAGGCGGGAACUGCAAAUGAGAAUGUCUUCAAAAAGAAAGCGAAAUUCUCCAAAGCUACAUCAGGUGAGAACACAAUUUGUUCCAGCAAUAAAGGAAUGACAGACUCGUUGAGAACGCUUUUCCUUAACAUGCAUAAUUAUCGCAGAGCUAAGCUAGCUCUGGGGGAAGUUAUCGGUUACGGUCAACAGCGCCUGUCACCAGCUAAAAAUAUGUUGAAACUGAGCUAUGCCUGUAAACUAGAAGCAUCGGCACUGCGCUACGCUGCUCACUGCCCAUCAAUGAGAUCUAAAGCAAAUGCUAGGCCGAAUCAGGGAGAGAACUUUUUCCGUCUUGCAAAAGUCGGAUUCCCAGAUUUCGCUGAUGCAGUCAACAUGACUGUUUACAACUGGUGGGACGUUGUCAGGGAUACUCCUGGCAUUGACAAAAAUGCAAAACUUCAAACUCGUCGCCCCCGCUCUCCUAUAGUAUCUUUUACGCAGAUGGCAUGGGCAACGACAAGAUAUUUGGGCUGCUCCAUAGCUGACUGUAACUCAUACUAUGUCACCGUUUGCAGAUACUCACCAAAGGGGCACAUUGCUGGAAAAAUGGUUUAUAAGCCUGGUCCCACUUGCACGGAAUGCAAAAGUGGAACAACAUGCGAAGAAGAACUGGGGUUGUGUGUAUGAGAGCUUGGAUAUUUGGACAAGAAGAACUAUCAGUAACCCUACUCUGUUCCUUUUACUAUUUUGUAUUAUCCAUAAUACUGAGGAUUUAGUUACGAGAUCACAAUAAACUGCAUACUCAGAAUAUCAA